AUGGAGAGUCAAGAGGGGUCAUCAGGAAAUGUUCUGAGGUGGGAAAAUUUGGAUAGAGAGGUACUUUCAACCAUUUUGAAGAAGCUUGACGUAGUGGACGUUAUCACGGGAGCAUCACGAGUGUGCAUCACAUGGUUCCUUGCCUCUCACAAUAAAUCUCUAUGGAACACCAUCAAACUCAACGAUCUUGAUUGGGGCUCUUUUGAGGACACGUAUAGAGAAAAGCAACGAAGGGAGAUCUUGAUAGAGAUCAAUAAAUUCGGCCGUACUGCCCCGAUAAACUUUUUCUUCAGCGUACAUUGCAAUGUACUAGAAGAGGAUCUCGCCAUCAUUUCUACGGGGUUGCCAAACAUCAGAAAACUUGCGUUACCAACAUGGCGUACUCUAAAGCUGAAAUCAAUUCAGUCAGCUUUUAGUAAAUGGAAGAAUCUCCAAACGUUGAUUAUUGCCCAAUUUAUGCGAAGUGGCGGCGCCUUGAACUUUGAGUUUAGAACCAUAGCAGACAACUGUAGAAAUCUUACCACCAUAAAAUUCACUUAUAUUUUGGACAAAGAAUUAGCCAAAAUAAUUGUUCGUAAGCUUCCAAACGUCGAGAGACUAAGCUUUCGUUGCGCUACUAUAUGUGGAGUAGCAGUUAUUUCGCUCGUCAUCGGCCUCCCGAACCUCAAGAUUCUUAAUCUCUCACAUUGUAUAUUAACGGAAACGCGCUACUGCGACAGGGCAGCAGACAUGAAAUAUAAGCAAGAACUCGUAAAAUUCGGAGCUGAGAAGCUUGAAAAAAUUAUCGUGUGUUGUUCGAACUGCACGAUUUGCGAAAAUGUAUGGAAAUAUACGAUAGUUUAUCGGUCUCCUACGCCCGAGUAUCGCAGCUUUUGGGAUAAGCAGUGGAAAACUGAUGAGAUAGAGGAAUUUGAGUUUUAA